UGGCGUUCGACUACGGAUUUAAUCAUAUCACAAUUUAAAUCUCAGUCAGUUAUAUAAAUUCUAAAAAGAUAUUGAUGAAAUAAGUGCUGUUUCUCACUAUCGUGUAUUUUAUAAAUAAAUAAAUAUUUUGUCAAAUUUUAUUAUGUUUAAUUUUUAUACACCGUGUAUUGUUUUUAUUUAUCGUGACGGGCAUUUGGGAAAACACACUGUGCAGAAGUAUUGUAUACGAAUGAAAAGCAAAGAUUAAGACUUUGUCACCGUUAAAAGUAAUAUAAAAUAUGCCAGAAUAUACAGUGACAUCAGAAAUAUAUGAGGAGUUCGAUUAUAAGACUGAUAUAAAAGCAAGUAAAAAUGGCCAUGUUAUAUCUGAGUUCCCAUUUUUGUUGCCACGAGGCAACAAUCAAAUUCAGUUUGACAAGGAUGAUGAUUUGGAUGUAGAAAGACCACUAAAAGAAGUAAUCAAAAUUGAACACAGUUCAAAAACUAAGAUAUCAUUAGUUGGUUUACAAGUGUGGAGAGGGGCAUUCUUGCUGGGAGAUUUACUUAUACACUUAGGACAAACUGGUCAACUAAGUGGCAAAACUUUGUUAGAACUUGGUGCUGGUACAGGUUUAACAAGCUUUGUAGCUGCUAUGUUCGCGAAGAAAGUUGUUUGUACGGAUAUUGAUUUAGGAGGUAUUCUAGAUCUCAUUAAAUUGAAUGCAAAAUAUAAUUCAAAGCUAAUAAAAUCGCAGUUUAAAGUGAUGCCAUUAGAUUUUACAAAGUUAGAUUGGAACCGACCUUUAUUGGAUGAAAUUAAGGGAACUGAUAUAGUAAUAGCAGCGGAUGUGAUCUACGACGAUGACCUGACUGCCGCUUUUAUAUCCACUGUCCAGAAAAUACUCAACACAAACCCGCCAAAAACCUUAUACAUGGUGUUAGAGAAGCGUUAUGUCUUCACUAUAGAGCACAUGGACUCCGUUGCGCCUUGCUACGAAACAUUCCUCACACUUCUGGAUAAAGUAAAGACAGACUCUCAUUCCAACUGGAUAUUGGAACAACUACCUCUUGACUUUCCUAAAUAUUUUACGUACGAUCGUGUAAAAGACCUUAUUUUGUGGAAAAUCACUUCGAAUCAAAAUAUUUAAAAAUA